AAAACAUACAAAUAAACCAAUGUGUGACCACAAACCCAAUCAAGAACCAAUGGCGUUGAAAACUUUGCCAGCGCAGCCACUGCGCCGCCCUAGCCUUGUAUGCUACGUUUUUCUCGUCAUACUAACUCUUAUCUUCAUCGCAGCUGUAGGUUUUCUCAUUACCUGGUUUGUAACCAAACCCAAGAAACUUCAUUACACUCUUGAAAACGCCUCGGUUCAAAACUUUAACCUUACCAACGACAAUCACAUGUCAGCUACGUUCAUAUUCACCAUCCAGUCCCACAAUCCUAACCACAGGAUCUCGGUCUACUACAGCUCCGUCGAGAUAUUCGUUAAAUUCAAGGACCAGACGCUUGCGUUCGACACGAUGGAGCCGUUUCACCAACCGAGGAUGAAUGUCAAACAGAUUGAUGACAUGUUAGUCGCACAAAACGUUGCCGUUUCUAAAUCCAAUGGUAAGAAUUUGAGGGCUCAAAUCUCGUCGGGAAAGAUCGAUUUUGAAGUGUUUGUUAAGGCGAGGGUUAGGUUUAAAAUCGGGGUAUGGAAGACAGCACAUCAUACGGCUAAGGUUAAGUGUCCUCAUGUCACGGUCGCCUUGUCGCAGUCACAGAAUUCCCAAAAUAGUUCAUGUGAUGUUGAUAUUUGAUUACUAAGUUUGCAUUUUCACACUAAUAAUCGUAUCGUUCAUCCUCUGAUAUGUGAUGCUGGUGAUUACUGUUAUGCAUGAACGAAUAUUUGUGCAUUUAUACUUGUUUUUAACGUCAACACUCACAUUUAUUAUACUCUUUCUUUCUUUC